AAUCUGUUAAAGAUAGAUGGAAUCAGAUCUAGGAAAGCUUCUCGACACCGGCGAAUAAUCAUGCUCUACCAUUGUAAAGGCUCUCUCUUAAACCAAAAAAAAAUCAAAAAGCGGAAUCUAAUUUAGGGUGCGACGACAAUCUGUCUGACAAAGAUCCGAAACUGUGAGCUCUGAAUCCGUUACCUUGAUCGUAAUCGAUUUCGAAAGAUCUUUGAGUAUGGGAAGCAGAGCUAAUCGUGUGGGAGAAAGAUGGAAUCAGAUGGGCUGUGAAGAAAAAUCGAGCGUAAUUCAGGAAGAGAUCAAAAGGGUUAGUAAACUUCCUUCAAACAGUGUUUAUGCAGUUCAUCGUCUCAAGGUUCUCAACAAAAUCAACGAACUUUUAUCUGUCCAAAGAACCUUGUCGCAAGAGAAGGAGUUAGAGCUGCUAUUCACACAGCUCUCUCUGUAGGAGAAAAAAGCCAGAGUUGUUGUCUGAAUAACGGUUGAUCAAUUGGGUUUUACGAAUGUCAAUCUAAGCAACAAGUUAGUUCCUCAAUAUAUACCUUGGUGUCUAUGGGGUUUACUUGUAUGCAUUUAGUUUUGCUUAAGACAUGUGUGUGUAUGUGUGUGGCACUUAGUGGUGUCUUUGUCUUUGACCAUUAAGAUCAGUUUCAGCUUUGCAGUCCA